AUGAAUGGACUGAAACAAAAUUUAGAUCUUAUUAAAUCGAUUGACGAAAAAAUUCAAAUAUUUCAAGAUCAAUCAAUAACUUCUAUUGAGAAUCUCUCAAAUGAAAUCUUCUAUGAUAUAUUUGAUUAUUUGAAUGGUGAUGAAAUAGUUAAAUCAUUUUUAAAUCUUAAUUUUCGAUUCGAACAAAUUAUUCAUUCUUCGUCAUUUCUCACUAAAACUCAUUUCUAUUUAUUUCAUUAUGAUAAGAUGAUGAAUACAUCUAUUCCAUUUGAAACCUUAUCAACAGAUAUAUCAAAUUUAAAUAUUCUUUCAAUACAUGUUUCAAGAAAUUUAGCAUUUGUAAACGCUAAAAGAUGGGAAAAAUUAAUUUCAGUUUAUUAUCCUCAAUUAAAAAAAUUUUAUUUAACUUGUUCAAAUAAAAUUAACGAAAUUAGUCUAUUGGAAAUGAAUUAUGAUUAUAUAAAUGAAUUUAAUUCAUUGUUUUGGUUAAAUCAUGAAUGGAUAUUAGAUUUGGAAAUUAAUGCAUGCAAUAUUAUUUUUCAAGUUCAUCCAUAUAAGCAUGAAAAAAAGCGAAUAAAUAAUUUGGAAGCUGCAUCUGUCGAAUGUUUUCAAUUGACUUCAUUAACAAUUACAUGUCUUUCUGGCUUUAUAUUCGAAAGAAUGAUGUUAACACAAAUUGAACACGUAGCAAAAUUUAUAAAGAUUUAUAAUUUAAUUAUAACUGAAAAAGAAAUUCCAAGUAUGUUACUAAUUCGAUUAAUUGUUAUUUUACCAGAUUUAAUGCAUUUGAAUAUCAAAUCAAUUAUGUUUGAUGAUAAAACGAAAGGUUGGGAUGAAUGGAUUAAUUUUCAUUUCAUAAGGAAGACAACUAAAAUUACCGAAGUUUAUAUACAUGAAUUGAAUAGUAGUAAAGAAAACCAAAAUAUCUCACAAGAUGCAGUUUGCAAAGCUCUACAACCGGCAACGUAA